GAUAUAAGGAGGUAAAAAUAAGGGACUAUAUACAGCAGGAUUUACUUUUCAACUUUAUUAACAGAAGGACCCAAAAUUGGCACAUUUGGAUAGUUUAUUACCAUUUUGGUGCCACCUUUAUUUGCUCAUUUUCUAGUGGAAAAGUUAACGGCCUCUGGUGGAAUGUGAUGGAGCAAGAAUACAACAUACCAGAAUGCACCAUUUGUUUUGCAACGUAUGAUAACAUCUUCAGGACCCCACUUUUACUACCAUGUGGUCAUACUUUCUGCAUGGAGUGCCUGUGCAAAAUGUGUGUCUUCCAGAAAGAACUAGAGACCUUCUGUUGCCCAAUGUGUAGGGCGCCAGUCAUUAUUCCACUAGGAGGAAUCCCUAAACUGCCGCCCAACAUGAACAUUGUAUCUCAGUUCCCGCCAUGGAUGGGCCAGUUGCAAGAUGUGUGGCUCGAGGGAUCCAAACUCUGCUGGAAAAAAGGAUAUGGCCAAACUUGUGUCACCAAUAACCAGAACUCAGUGUCCCACUACCCAGCACAACAAGAAGACAAUGUCAUCAUCACCAUUUAUCUAUUGGGCUCUUCACCAGUACCUUUUAAUCGUCCUGGAGACCUGGUCAUGAUAUCUCACCAACCGUACCACCAACGGUGUAAUUUCUUAUUUCAGAACUAUGGUUGUGUUGUAUGGAUCUUCAUCUGCUGCGUCAUAUUGCUCUUCUUCAUGGUCUUCUUUCCUAUGUACUUGCGCUUUUAA